AUGCCAGGAGCCACGAAAGAUUCCGCGCCAGUCCAGAUCGUGGACCCAACUUCCGAGACUGGCGAGGAGAUUGACCCAGCCGUCGACCGCGACAGGAUCCGAGUCCUUUCUGGUUCCACAGAAACAGCAGCAUCUUUCCAGUUUGAUGGCGAGGACCAUACGCUAGGCAACGCGCUGCGUUAUAUCAUUCACAAAAACCCCGACGUCGAGUUUUGUGGUUACUCCAUACCGCAUCCAUCAGAAGCAAAGAUGAACCUGCGCAUUCAGACUUAUGACGGCGUCAGUGUUUACACUGUACUGGAAAAAGGUCUCGAAGAUCUCAUGGCCAUGUGCGAUGUUGUUGAGAAGAAGUUCACCAUUGCACGUGACGAGUUUGUUAACAAGAUGGAGGAGUAA